UACAUGCAUUGGAAUCGUAAUCUUUAUAUCAAUCAGUAUCAUUCAAGUUGAAUGCCCAUUGGUCAACCAGAAAAAGUGACGUCAAACUUGUCGCCAGGGCCAACGGGGUCAAAUUGAUGACCAGCACGUAGUCUCCCUCUCUCGACCGUGCGCUUUUGAUACCGUAGAAAAAAUCAGUCGUUAAGUUGGCCAUCCAAAUCGUAUUCCUCCACUCAACGCACUAAAUUUGUAUGCAAACCGAACAAGGCGUUGACCACGGUGACGUUUCGUACAUGAACACCAGAGUGGGAGCGACACGCAUUUGUAUGUACGUACAUGUACAUGUUGGUUCGUGGGCCGCCGCGGAACUGUGUGGUUUAUCACAAUCGCAUGUCGCUCGGUCGGGCGUAUGUCGAAAUGGUUAAAUGUUAAAUUCAUUCCAAUAUGUGUUAUUUGUAACUGUGCAACCCAACGUAAUGUUCACUGGCUGAGAUGAAAAAUAGAUGUAGAUUUGUAGACUUUAGUUAGGUCACCGAUCUGUUCAGUUGCCGAUAAAAGGGAAAGAACAGUUUGGACGAUGGAUUUUUGGAGUUUGUAUCUCCAAUCCAACUUCACGUUGGGCCUCGCCUACUUCUUCCUUUGCGUGGAUGUGAUGUGCCUGUAUAUAUUCCACAUCAUUGGAAUACUUUAUGUAAAACUAUGCAUGUACCGGAAACCAAGCAACGUAGUAAGGGAAGAACUACCUGGAGUCUCUAUACUUAAACCUUUAGUUGGUGUUGAUGCAAACUUAGAAGAUAACCUGGAAACAUUUUUCAAUUUGGAUUACCCCAGAUUUGAGCUUAUAUUUUGUAUACAAGACGAAAAGGAUCCAGCAUGUAAAGUUGUAGAGCCACUUAUAGAAAAAUAUCCUCAUGUGGAUGCCAGGCUGUUUGUUGGUGGUUCUAAAGUGGGACUAAAUCCUAAGCUGAAUAACCUCAUGCCUGGCUAUAGUGCUGCUCAGUAUGAACUCAUUAUGAUCAGUGAUAGUGGUAUUAUGGUAUAUAAGAACACUCUGACGGAAAUGGUGUGUAAAAUGACUGCAAAUGUUGGAUUGGUCCAUGCCAUACCAUUCUGCUGUAAUAGGAAAGGCUUUGCUGCUACAUUAGAAAAGGCCUAUUUUGGUGGUGCUCAUUGUCGUAUGUAUAUAUGCUGCAACAUCGCAGGAGCCACAUGUGUGACGGGUAUGUCCAACUUAAUACGUAGGAGUGUACUACAAGAAGCUGGAGGUUUUACAGAACUUGGCAAAUAUAUAUCAGAGGACUUCUACAUGGGAGUGGCUGCUGUCAAAAGUGGCCUGACUACCAAAAUCAGUAGUUAUCCUGCAAUGCAGAAUUCAGCUAAUUAUUCACUGGAAUCAUUCGGCAAAAGAAUGGUCAGAUGGACGACAGUUCGAACUUCUUCAGUACCUUCCACUAUUAUAAUGGAACCCUUCUCCGAGGCAAUAGUGUGUGGUAUAUGCGCUGCAUGGGCUGCUAACUUCCUACUAGGCUGGGAUCCAAUUGUCUUCUUCAUGGUUCACACUCUGCAGUGGUUCUUAUUGGAUUACAUUCAACUACGUGCUUUGCAGGUGGAGCCACUUAAUAUGUCAAAGUUUGACUACACAGUUGCAUGGGCGUAUCGUGAGUGUACCACUUUGUACCACUUCUUGAAGGGUUGUUUUAACAAUAAAGUAAAGUGGCGUACAGGAACUUUCCGAGUCAAGUGGGGUGGUUACUUAGAAGAAGUCCAUUGAUGAGUGAAAACAUACUGAGGAUCAAGUGUAAUGCGUAAGUAGACUACUGCCUGCAAUAUCGUCGUGUUUGAUGGAUGUGUCAUGAACGGGUUUACAUUAUCAUGAAUGACAUCACAUAACAUGCUCCAGCAUGAACAAUUCCUUAUAUAUAAUUGAAACAAUCACACGUACUCUUUUAGAUAUUUUUGUAUAGGACUAAAUAUUAAUCGUUAGAUUUUGUAUCAAUUAAAAAGUGUGUUUAUUAUUCUCUCCUUUGAUGAUUUUGAAAUAUUUAAGAGUGUACAAUUUUUUUUGUUUAACGGAACAUGAACAUUUGUUGUAGUUGAUGUCCUAAGCCAAAGAUAAAGGAAAAUGGUUCAGUGUUUACUGGCACUAAGCCAAAGCACAUAACUUACGAGCCCACCAAUCACAAUCAACAUGGUCUGGAAUGAAUUCAAGUUUGCUGAUACUGUGUAGCAGAUACACUGGGACCAUAGAGUUAUAUAACAGGACUAGAGGGCGCACUGGUGAUGGUGCGUGCACAAAGCGGGACGGAACUGCAUGGAGACACGCGCACUAUUUUGUAAGAUGAACGUUGCACGCACGUUGAAUAUGAAGUAGGCCCAUAUAGGCCUUGUAUGAUACAUGCUAUGCGAUGGUGUUUUUUUUCCAUUUUACAAAAGGCCGCAUGCGCGCAUGCCGGGCCAUGUAACUAGGCCAGUGCGCCCUCUAGUUCUUACAUAUAACUCUAUGACUGGAAAUCUCCUCUUCUUCCUUUCUAGUGCAGCCUUCAUAAUUGAAGAUAGUCACACUGCCAAACACACCGGGAGAACACCUUCUCUCUGCUAUAAGUGUGUACUGUGGUCUUUAACGUGUGUUGGUAGUUUUAAUAACAACACACGAGACCUACAGCUUUACGUCCCAUCUGAAGGACAAAGCAAUUUUUAAGUCUCUUGCUUAACAACGCAAGUGUCCUGACCGGGACUCAAACCCACACUCUGCUGAUCAGAUACAGCAGAGCUUGAGUUCGAUGCUCUUAACCGCUUGGCCACAACACUUCCAAUGUUGAUCUAAUGUCACUAUCAUGUUGGUCUCAUCUCAUUGGAGUAAUUCCCAUUGUACUAGUUGGCAAUAAGUGUAUUACCAAAUCUGAAGACAGUCAUGUUUUUAAAACUGUAUCGUAGAAACUACGCUUAAAAUCUUGUGUCUUUGGGAGAGUAAACUCAGUGUUAAAGCAGGCUAGGCCUAAUCUUGGUUGUGGUAAUCAACACCAUUGGAAAUCUGUUUGGAAACAUAUCAAAUGUUAGGCUGUGCAUCAUUAAGUGGUGCUUUUUAACACGAUUUAAAAAAAAAUGUGAAAAAUAUGUUGGGUAUUUCUCUUUAAAAAGGAGCUCAAAUUUGACUGUAUUAUAGUUUCAAUUCUGGUAUGAUGGGGUCGCAUUGCGAACAAAUUCACACGUAGUGUACAUCUCAUGUUAAAACACCGGACAGCAUUAAAAAUCCUUUAAUAAACUUACUAAUACAUGUACAUGUAUUUGUUUCAAAAUAACUUGCCCAAAGCUUAUGAUGGCGUAUACAAAAUUACAGGGAUUACUUGACAAAGAACUAUGGAAACAAAAUUAUUUUAUUUGAUUACAUGUUUGUUUUAUUGGUACACAUUGAGGUGAAUAAUGCUGAAACUUCUGGGUUGUACACAUGUAUCGUGGGUUAGGGAUGCUUAAACACUGGACACUAUUGGUAAUUACUCCAAAUAAUUAUUAGCAUAAAACCUUACUUGGUAACUAGCAAUGAAGAG